AUGCUGGAUGCGAUGCAAAGCCGCCUUCAGGCGAUGGAGCAAGCUCAAACUCAGAGCGAGGCUCAGUUGGACUUGCUGAUUCGUCUACAGCAAUCCGGGGCAGUGCUAUUGUCGUCGGCGCAAGCGCCUCCAAGUUCACAUGGGAAGGAUCCCGGUACGGCUUAA